CCAGGGUGACCGAACUGCUACCACACCGAAAUCUGGGAGAAUCUCCCCCCUGGGGAGAGGCAGCCCCCCUGUGUCUGGUGCUGGUGCCGGUUUCCAGGCCUCCGGCCUCGGCUCUGUGGGCCCCCCCCCGCGGCCCCGCAGGCCACUCCGGCUCGAGCUCGCUGCCCCCGGGGGCGUGGCCCGGGCGGGGCGCGGAGGGCCUUCUCGGCGGCGCCGCCAUGGAGCCCGUGCGCCUGGACAUAUCCGGGCACGAGGCGCUCGUGGGGCGCGUGAAGGCCGAGCCGGGCGGCCGCGGCUACGCGCUCCCCUCCAGAGUGAGGGCCAGCAGCUCUUUGGCGGUCCACGCCGAUGGAAGCACGCGCGAGGGGAAGCCAGCGGACGUGAAGCCUGGGAUGCACUGGCUGCUGGUGCCCGCCGGGGAGGACGGCUGGACGCUACGGCGAGUGGGCGGCUGGCACGACUUCGGGGGCCAGGAGCCCAUCGCCGCCCCGAUCUCCGGGGCCGCGGGCGCCGCCCCGCAGGCGCGGCGGGAGCUGGGCGAGAACGACAUCGUGGAGUGCGAGAAGAGGAUGCGGGAGGAGCUGGGCGUGCGGAAAGAGCACACGGAGCGGUGGGAGAAGAUGCUGCAGAGGAGGUCCGAGCGAGUCGGCGUCGUGGGAGUCAGGAGAGGGGGCAUGCUGGUUGAGGCCGCGGUGAAGCCCGCCCAUGUGUACCCCGACGCCGAGGCGCGGUUCAACGACGACACUGGCGUCGGCAAGCAGACGACGAAGGUGAAGAAGGCUCAGAAGAAGCAGGCCGCUGCCGUGGACGGCGCGGAGGAGGACGCGGUACCGGAUACGGCGAAUGCGCUUCUGGGGCUGAAGUCCGAACGGGGUGAGGGCGGCUACGACUUCGACAAUGCCGAGGAGUACUCUGGCGACGAGGCGGAGCAGGCAGACUUCCAGGAGGAGCUCCAGCAGACCACCUCGGUCAUGGAGCCCGAGGCCACCGUGGAGCUCGCGGACGAGGAGGACGCAGAGGACGCGGAGCCGGGCGCGAUGCUGACCACGGAGGGGAAGGAGCUCGAGAUGCUGAUCGACAGGUUCGCCAGCGCCGAGAGGGCCUCGCCCGGGAGCGAGGGUGAGGACAGCGAGAGCGAGGACGCCCCCGACGCCCAGGCCGAGGCCGGCGACGGCGCCGCGUCCGCCGGGCUGCUCUCCGCCCCGGUGGGCGCACCAGCCUCGGGCCCCUCCGCGGCCGAAGCCCCCGCCGCGGGCCAGGGCGGAGGCGGCCGCGGCGGCGAGCGGGGUGUCGGGUCUGGCGGGGGCGAGGGCGGCCAGCCGCCGCCGAAGCGGCGGCGCCUGCGGGCGGGCGCCGCGCCCGCCGCGCUCGCCGCGCCCGCGGCGCCCGCGGCGGCGCCGCGGCCGCCAACGACGGCUGGCGAGCUGCAGCCGCGGGCUGCAGCGGUCGCCGCACCGGCGCCCGCCGCCAUCGCGGGCGGCGCGACAGCGCCCGCCAGGCCACCCGUGGGCCAGGCGGCGGCGGCGGCGGCUGCGAGGGAUGCGGGCCAGCAGGACGCGGGCCAGAGCGCAGAGGAGCUGCGCGGGCGCCUUGUUUCGUUCAUGAGGCGCGUGGGUGGCACCUGCUCGCUCGCCGAGAUCUCUACCGAGCUGGGUCUGACGGACAAGGCCUCCACCCUCUACAAGAGGGCGGUGGCGGUGAUCAAGGAGGUGGCGGACCUAAAAAAGGUGGACGGCGAGAAGCGAGCGAAUUUGGUACUCAAGGCCAACUACACGGACCCCAUGGAGGAUGGGCAGGGCUUCGAGACAGCGCCUCUCGGCCUCUCGGCAUGUGCGGUGCCGAGUGUGGCGACGGUGCCGCGGGGUCGGCAACACACGCCGUCUGAUUUGACGGACACCGAGACCAUUGGUUUCGGCGACCUCAGAGAUUCGGGAAUGGCGGCGACAGACGCGCGGUGCCUGCUGUGGCAGGGGGGCGAGCGCGGUUGUGGCGAGAUUCGGGACAGGGACCUCUGCCUGAGGAGCGUCGACGGCCGGCCGUGGAGGCAGUGGAGGAGCUACCUCAUCCACGGGCAGCCCUGUGCCUGGUGUGGCGGCGAGAGCUGCGCGGCCAACACCAAUGAUCUCUGCAUGCCCGCGGACUGGGUGAAGGGCCAGCCUCGGGUAACCGUGGCCAGCUGCGGCGCACCGUCCACCGCACACGUCGGAGCACCUGGGCACGGCGACUCUCAGCCUGUCGGGCGACUCGUCCCGCCACUGGCUGCCAUGCGCACGGAGUUCGAGGACCCUGGCCGCCCCGGCUUCGGCUGCGGAGCCGAGGGUGCGGCGGUCUCCUCGAAGGUCAACAAAUUCUUCUACACUUUCACCACGGGGUCCUUGGACGAGUGCAAGGACCUUUGCUCCUUCAAGGCGUACUGCCGCGCCGUGGAGUACGGGGCCCAUGAUGGGAGGUGCCUGCUGUGGUGGUACCCCGUCCAGUCCAUGACGCCAAAGCCGGGACACACGUGCGCCCUCGUGCGCGACCUCAGCGGCAACGGCGCCGCGGCGCGCACCCCAGAGCCAGAAGAGCCGAACGCCACCGCUCCCGGGCGGUCCUCGGAGCCGAAUACCACCGCCUCCAAGCGCCCCUCCGACCGGGAGAAUGCCAUCGUGGCCGAUGAUGCGGAAGGCGUUGGUAGCGCAGCGGCCGUCAGCGGGAUGCUGGUGUCGGGCGCUCGCGCGCACUCGACAGAUUCGGAUUGGAACGCAAGCCUCGCCGAUGCCAUGGAGCAUGACCUGCGCAGCACGCUCACUAAUAAUACAACCGCGGUCGCAUUCGGCUCGGUGAAUUCGAGUGAUGCAGAUUCAGUGGGGUGGGACUCAAGCAGGGACAUAGGCAGGGACAUGCUGACGGUCAGCACUCCUGCACGUGAGGCCGCCGGCUCGAUCUUGAAGCCCACCAGCUCGAGCGACGGAACAGGCCUCGGCAAGCCGAAGACCCCGCCAGGCACGACGACGGACCGCGCCUCCGCUGUGCGGCGCUGGGCCGCGGUCGGCGGGGCUCUGUGCUGCGGCGCGGCCUGCGCCCUGCUGCUCGGGGCGGCCACCCGCGCGGCACGCGCCCGCACCACCAGGGCGGCGGAGCUGGAGGAGGGCACGGACAGCGACGCCUGCCUCUCCGACGACCUCGAGCCCGCCUUCCUCACCGCCGCCGCGGAGCGCACCGAGCCGAGGGCCGCCCCGCUCCCCGUGCUGCUCGGGCCGGCGGCCGGGCCGCCGCGGGGCCUCCCGAAGAGGCACGCGGCGGCGCCCGUCGGCACCUACGCCCUGCUGCCGCCGCGGGGGCCGGCCGCCGCAGCGCCGUGGCCGCCGACGCUCCCGGCGGGCCUGCCCUCGGUGGCGGCCCCCGGCGCCCCGGGGCUCGUGCGGGUGCGGCCGGCGCGGCCCCUCGGGCCGGCAGGCCUUGCGGCGCCCGCCGCGGUGCGGGCGCCCGCCGCGGUGCAGCUGCGGGAGCCCGUCGCCAGGCCGGCGUCGCGGAGGUGA